UGAAGUUACUUCUAAUUAGCCAGCCUCUUCUUGCCCGCCUCACUUGUCCCUUGUGCAGAUCCAGAUCCUCUCCUCAGGGACCAGGUGCCUCCAAGGGGCCGAUCCGCUCUGCAGCAAACCCGCCAGACCGCAACCAGGCGUCCGGGCUGUUGUGGAACUUCUGAUUUUUUUUGGGGUACCUAUUACUUGGCAACUUCGGUGCGCACUGCAAUUACGCACGACUUGGAUGAAGAAUCUGCAUCACGGCAGUGGGGUUUUUUUUGUUGAUGAAAAGUAUAGGUAGCCUGUGUCAUUUUUAAUUUGGCGUUUGCCAUAAUAUCGUUUGGCUUGAUUUGAGUUGUUGUUUUGUUUAUAAUGUGGAUUGAGGAGGCAUGAAGUACACAGCCAGUAUAUUUUACGCACAGGUGUAAAGGUCACAUCUACAGGUAGAAGUGCAGGUGUGUGGUUCAGCAGCUCUGUCAGAGAACAAAGGAAGGUCAAGGCCAGCAAGGAAAACAUAAAACAACAACUUAGUGACAAAGAACCCUAAGAAAAAAAGAGAGGGAGGGAGGUAGCGAGAGGGUGUGUGUGUGUGAGAGAGAGAGAGAGAGAGAGAGAGAGAGAGAGAGAGAGAGAGAGAGAGAGAGAGAGACACCCCCUCGAGACUAGCUAAGAGACCCAGCCCCCGGUCCGAGAGAAGGAGAGAGAGAGUGAGGGAGUGAGGGAGUGUUUUAAAGCCAGCAGGAGGCAUGAUGUCGUACAUUAAGCAACCCCAUUACGCGGUGAACGGGUUAACGCUGUCCGGCCCGGGCAUGGAUCUGCUCCACUCCGCCGUCGGAUACCCCAACACUCCGCGUAAACAGCGUCGGGAGCGCACCACCUUCACACGCGCACAGCUGGACAUCCUGGAAGCUCUGUUUGCCAAAACACGCUACCCAGACAUCUUCAUGAGGGAGGAGGUGGCCCUCAAGAUCAACCUGCCCGAGUCCCGAGUCCAGGUCUGGUUCAAGAACCGCCGAGCCAAGUGCCGCCAGCAGCAGCAGCAGAGCACGGGCCAGUCCAAACCACGCCCCCCCAAAAAGAAGGCAUCGCCCGCUCGGGACGCCAACUCCGAGGCCAAUGCCAACCCCGUCAAUGGACCCUACAGCCCUCCGCCCCCUCCUCCCGGCACCGCCAUCAACCCAAGCUCCAGCGCUGCUAGUGCCACGGUGUCCAUCUGGAGCCCGGCCUCCAUCUCCCCGCUGCCGGACCCCCUGUCCGCCUCCACCACCCCCUGCAUGCAGCGUGCAUCCGCCUACCCCAUGACCUACACCCAGGCUCCGGCCUACAGCCAGAGCUACGGGGGCUCCUCCUCCUACUUCACGGGCCUGGACUGCAGCUCCUACCUGUCCCCCAUGCACCCGCAGCUGUCGGGCACCGGAGGCGCCCUGAGCCCCAUCACGGCCUCCUCGAUGGGGGGCCCCCUCAGCCAGUCCCCUGCCUCGCUCUCCUCCCAGGGCUACACGGCCGCCUCGCUGGGCUUCGGAGCCGUCGACUGUCUAGACUACAAGGACCAAGCUGCCUGGAAGCUCAAUUUCAAUGCCACUGACUGUCUGGACUACAAAGACCAGAACUCCUGGAAGUUCCAGGUCUUGUAAAUGACAAGUAGGAGGUGGUGGAGGGAAGGAUUGGGGUGGUUGGGGG